UCGGUUUUUCCAUUGGCCAAGUCACAGCAAUGCUGACUUCCCUAUUCCUGAGUAUCUUGCUGCCUUGUGCAGCCAUGCCCGCCCCUAUCCUCACAGGCCCCCAGCAGCCGGCGGCUCCGCAGGAGGUAAACAUUCUUUUCUACGGGGUGCUGCAGUUCGGCAGCACGCUGAGUGACCUCUACGAGUCCACGGCGCGGAAGCUUGACAAGAUCAGACGCAGCUCCGACUUCUACGAGCAGGGCCUGGAGGUGCUGCGUCGCCAGACCCAAAGAGCCCAGCAGAAGCAGAGAGAGAUCAGAGAGAUUGUUGAGGGGCUGGAGGAUGAGAGCCUGGCAAGACGGCAGCAGGCUCACGGCAACAAGGAAGCGUUGCAGAAGAUGCUUGCGGGUCAGCAGGACCUAGUGCAACAAGUGAAGGCACUCGAAGGGAUGCUGGCUAUCGUGGAAGAGCGAGGCUUCCAAAAUAAGGGACGGGAAUUUUCCGCUUUGAAGGCACACAUGCAACAGCAGAAUCUCACCAUCUGGUCCCUGCUGAGAGCUACCCAACAGCAGCAGCAGCAAAUGGCUCAGCAGACAGAACAGCUGCUCUGGAUUCAAAGCCUAGCAAGGCAAGCGGUGCUUCUUGGGGACAUUUCUUAAACAAAGAUCAAGUUGGUGUGUUGCUGUGAUAAGUGCAGCUCCUGGCUCAAAGCUGCUGCCAUUUGCUAGUUGUGGUAACAGUCUUUCUGAUGCAGGGCACUCAUGCCAAGACCUCAGGCAUCAGCACCCUUACUAUAGUAAUGGGGACACAGGUGGUGCUGUGGUCUAAACCACUGAGCCUCUUGGGCUUGCCGAUCAGAAGGUCGAUGGUUCGAAUCCCUGCAAUGGAGUGAGCUCCCGUUGUUCU